AUGUUAAGCGCUAGCAUAGAUUUCCAUAAGGAGUACCUUGAUUUGGUCUUAGUCCCUUGUGGGCUGCUGAUCAUGUUUGUCUAUCAUCUGUUCCUUUUUUAUAGAUACCACAAACAUCCUGGCACAACUAUCAUUGGCCUAGAGAACAAGGACAAGAAACUUUGGGUUCAAAGAGUUUUGCAGGGUGCUGAAAGUGAUGUUGACAGAGCUGUAAAUGUGAUUUCAAGCGACACAAGUAUAGCAACUUACUUAGCCUCAGUCUCUCUUACUCUCAGCUCUCGUAUUGGAACUUGGCUUGGAAGCAGUUCUUCCAAUAAUAUCUUUGAAAGCAAAAGAAUUUAUGGUGACACAAGGCCAUUCUCCAUUUUCAUGAAGAACAUAUGCCUCCUCGUCGCUUUUCUUAUUGCUUUUUCAUGUUUUGUUCAAGCAGCAAAGAAUUUGGUUCAUGUAAACUAUUUAAUGAGCUCCCCAGACAAGAAAAGGACAGGGAAGAAAAUUGAGUUUGCGGUUACAAAAGGGGGUGAUUUUUCCUUCUUUGGACUCAGAGCUCUUUACUUUGCUCUUAACAUGCUUCUUUGGUUUUUCGGUCCAAUACCCAUGUUCGUUGCCUCUAUUGUCAUGGUGAUAGUCCUAUAUUACCAUGACAUUCAUACAGUUUCAUUGCAUAACCUCUAUUGUGAGCUAGAUGGUCAGAAGGGAAAGACACAAGGCGCCGGAGGCAGCUUUAGCUAUUGA